AUGACAACUACUGAUUAUUUCUUAUAUCUUUCUCAACAUUGUCCUUCAUUACCAGUUCAAUGGAUAUUAGAAAUGUUUCAUAAUCAUUUAGAAAACGAACGAUUAUCAUCGUCUCAAUUUUCAGUUAACAUAGAUCCGUCCAUAGUUGGCAUUGUUAAACAAAAGCUUCUCGGUUGUAUAGAAUUAAAACAAAAUCAUAUUUUAGCUGGAAAAUGUUUAUCAAAGUGUUCCUUAUUUUUAACAAAUCGCAAACAAGAAAAUGCCGAAAAAGACCCAUAUGAACAAGUUCCAUUAUGGAUUAUUGAUGAUUUAAUUAUGUUAUAUUUAAUUGAUAAAGAACAAUCUAUUGUUGAAUGUACUCGUUAUACCUUAAAAAGUAUUUUAAAUCAUUCAAUUGGACAAGAAAUUUAUCAAAAACAUAUAAAAAAUGAUUUAACACAAAUAUAUUCGAAACCAUUUUUAUCUCAGAUAAAUUUUUCAUCAAAAAUUCAAAGAAACUUUAAUUCAUCAUCGAAUCCAUGGUUAAUAACUUCAUUUGAUACAUGGCUUAUUUCAUUAAUUAAUUAUUUAUUAAAACAAAUUGAACAUUAUUACAUAGAAGAAAAAGAAAUUGGACAUCCAUAUGCAUGUAUAUUUAUUCAAUUGAAACAAUUAACACAAUUAAAAAUUGAAUUAGCAAAAAAACUAUUCCCACAUUUAAUCUAUUGUUUAUUAUUAUUGCCAACGAAUGUAAAUAUUCGUCAGUUAUUAACAAAUAAUUUUACUUUUCUUCUUGAACAACUAAAUAAUAAUGCAUUUGACAAUGAUUGUACUCAUAUUCAAAUAGCAAAAAUCUUUUUUCGCACUAUUAAUUACCUGCGACAAUGUCCUAUUGAAAAUUUAAAUAAAAGAAAUCCUGGGAAAAAUUUAUUUCUUAAUUUUGAAAAUCAUUUUUGGUUAGAUUUUGAUUAUUUUCAAUUAGCUAAAUGUGCAUCCAAAUAUCAAUGUUAUCAGUCAGCUAUUAUUUACACUGAUAUUUGGACAACGAAACAAAGAUCGAUUCUUCCAGCUAAUGAUUAUUUAACACAUUUAUAUUAUUCUGAUAUUGAUCUAUUAUCUUCAUCAGAUUUAAUAGAUUUAUUUGUUCGCAUUCAUUCAAAUCUGAAUCAAUCUGAUGAAUUCUAUGGUCUCGAUAAAUGUUUUCAAAAUCGUCCAAGUCUAUAUGGAGAAUUUAAUCAAUUGAAUAAUAAUUAUUAUGAUUCAUUAUUUUAUUAUGAUCAAGCAGCAUUAACAAUGGAUUCAUCAAAGUUAAUCCAAUCACUACGUUUAUGUGGAUUUAAUCAUAUACUUGAACAAUAUUUACAUCAAAUAUCGCCAGUUUCUGAUCAAAUAUAUUAUCGUAUUCAAUUAACAUCAUUACUAAGUGGGAAAAAUAAACUAACACAAUGGAAGACAAAUGAUGAAAAACGAUCAAAUUGUAUUCGAGAGAAUAUUUUAUCGAUAAUACAACGGCAAAUGCAAGUUCCAUCAUCAUCAGUGCCACAAUUAAUUGACCAUAAUCUUUGGUCAAAUGUUUCAGAUUUACGUGAGUGUUCUUUGAUUAAUAUUAUUGAUGAUAUGACAAUGCAUUACAAAAAUCCUGAAAUAUUAUCAAAAAUUUGGUUCAAUCAAGUUCACAACCAAAUUAAAGAGGAUAUGUUUGAUGAGAACGAUGAAAUUUUAUUGACACGAGUAGCUACGACCCAUAAAUUAUUAUUACACAAUAUUAACGAAGACACAGAACAUCGAACUAUUAAACAAACAAUUUUGGCAGAUCUUGUUACUAAUUUAUGUCAGAAUGCAUUGGAUUCAAAAAAACUUCAAUUAUGUGACCGAUAUUUAAGUGAUCUAUCUCCUUUAAUUGAUCCAUCAUAUUCUCACGAAUUAUCUUUUCUACGUGCUAAAGUUCUUGUUCUUCGUCAACAAGAUACCGCAGGUGAGUAUCUUCGGCAGUUAAUUGAUUCUCCCUUACCUGAUUCAAUACAUAUUCGCUGUCGUUUACUAUUGUGCGAUUGGCUUAAUGAAACUCGAUGUGAAACAUCAACAACAAUAAAACAGCAACUGGAUUUAAUAUCUAAUUCAAUAAAAAAUCUAGAUACAUCAUCUCUACCACUUAUAUUUGAAUCCUAUUUAGCAAUGGCACAUUUUAGUGAUAAUGAAUAUCAACGUUUAAAUCAAUUAUUUCAUUCGCCAACAUUUGAAAAUAAACGUUCAUUAAUAACACGUAAUCAAAUUGAAUAUAAUAAACAAGAAAAAUUAGAUCCAUUGGGACGUUAUACAAAAGUUCUAAAACGUAGUUUAGAUAUGGACAAAAAAGAGAUUGAUGAACAAAAAAAAUUACAAUACAGUUAUUUAAUUUCAACAUUGAGCAAUUAUUUAAUAUGUUUAAAAUUGUUUUCUAAUUUAUCCAAACAACAACAGGCAAAUCAAAUAGUACCAACGGAUAUUAUAAAAAAGAAUUCUGUGCCAGAAAUAAUGAUUACAUCAAAAUGUCUUUCGUAUUGGUUUACAAAUUCAAAUAAUGAAGAUGUUAAUAAAACAUUAAAAAAAAAUCUUUUACACAUUCCAACAUACUUUUUUCUACCAUUUGUUUAUCAAAUGGCAGCAAGAAUGGCAUUGACAAAUGAAAAAGUAUCAUUACUAUUUCAUUCGGUUCUUUUGGAAUAUUUAUCACGAUGUAUUAUUGAUCAUCCACAUCAUGUGUUACCUGUUAUUUUUGCUCUGGCAAACGCUCAUAAAGAUGCACAUAUUAGUCAACAAUCACAAGCAACAUCAUCGGGUACAGUCAAAAAGAGCAAUACUAUUGGACUUAUACAAUUAAAUAACGAAAGUAAUAAUGAUGUUCGUUCACGUGCUGCUCAAUAUUUAUUAGAUGAAUGUGCAAAAGUUAAACCACUACUUGUUGAUCAAAUGAGAAAAUUAAAUGAUGCUUAUAUUGAAGCAGCCUAUUGGGAUGUAACACCAACUAAAACUGAUCAACAAGGAAAAGAUAAUAAUGGAAAAAAUCCAACGUUUCCAAAGCAACUUCGGCUUAUGCAUAUUAAAGAUUUUCAUGAAGUUGCUGUACCUACAAUAACAAUACCUAUUGCUAUUGAUGGUAUUUAUAAAAAUAUCGAAACUGUUAAAAGUUUUAAUGCAGAAUAUGCAAUGGUCGGCGGCGUUAAUGCGCCAAAGAAGAUUUUAUGCCAUAGUUCAACUGGUCGUCAAUUGUCACAGUUACUUAAAGGAAAAGAUGAUUUACGACAAGAUGCUGUUAUGCAACAAUUAUUUACUGUUGUAAAUCGACUGUUAGAUAAAGAUGAUCUUACAUGUCAUCGAUCACUUAAUAUUCGAACAUACAAAGUUGUUCCAUUAACACAAAAGAGUGGAGUAUUAGAAUGGUGUGAUGGUACAAUAACAUUUGGAGAUUAUUUAACAAAAAUCUCUGACGGCGCACAUUCACGUUAUCAUUCAGAUGAUUGGACAGCUAUGGAUUGUCGACGACAUAUUCAUAAAGCUACGAAUGCUGGCAAAGAUGAACGGAAACGUGCUUUUAUUCAAGCAUGUUCAAAACUAAAACCAGUAUUUCGAUACUUUUUUUACGAAUAUUAUAAUAAACCAAGUGUAUGGCAUAGAAAAAAACAAGCUUAUGCUAAAAGUGUAGCAUCAUCAUCGAUUGUUGGUUAUAUUGUGGGACUUGGUGAUCGUCAUGUACAAAAUAUUCUAAUUGAUACGCAAACAGCUGAAUUUAUUCAUAUUGAUUUAGGUGUUGCUUUUGAUCAAGGAAAAAUGUUACCGAUUCCUGAAACUAUUCCAUUUAGACUAACACGUGAUGUAAUUGAUGGUCUUGGUAUAUGCGGUACACAGGGUCUUUUUAAAAAGAGUUGUGAAAUAACACUGGAAUUAAUGCGUCGAUAUGCAGAUACGUUAAUCACAAUUAUUGAAGUAUUUCUUUAUGAUCCUCUUUAUCAAUGGCAAUUAUCACCACAAAAAGCAUUACAACUUCAGCAGCAGUUUGAUAAAACUAAUGAUUCUGUUGCGUCAUCAUCGAGUCGAGCUUCUGGGAAAACCAGUAUGCAACCAGCAUCAUCAUCCACAUCUUCUAGUAUUGUCGGUGAAUCAGUAACAACAGAUACAAAUAAAAUGGCUGAACGACUUUUAUUAGGUCUUCGACAAAAGUUGCAAGGUGUUGAACGCCUAAAUCAAAUGACAAUUAAGGCACAUGUUAAUAUGUUAAUACAAGAAGCGACAAGCAUAGAUAAUUUAUCUCAAUUAUUUGCUGGUUGGCAACCUUACUUGUAA